ACGGGCGACGCUUCCACCAUACACGUACGCCUCACCUGCCAGGAUCUUCUGCGCCAAUAUGCCGACUUCAUACAUUUCUACAGUGCCAGGCCUGCUGAAAAUUAUUGAGGCUGUAUUAUGUCUGGGUGGUUUUAUAUCUGCCAUAAUCCCCUAUGCUUGGACAUCCAUUGGCGGUGGGUGGACUCAAUUUGUCACCAUUACAGCCUUUUUUGGCGUUGUUGGCAUAUUGAUCGCCAACAUGUUCUUGGCUGAAAAGUUACCACCGAUUUUCCCACUACUAGUGCUGAUAUUCUACGCGGUGUAUGACUUGUUUCUCCUAAGUGCCGGCAUUCUGACCGCCGUCCGAGCUGGCCAGCUCUACACAGCUUUCGCCAGCAUAAACAGUCGCUACCGUGUACUAGUGUCUUUCCCAUACCAAUCUAUAGCAGCCGCCGCAUUUUUUGUGCUGGCAGCCUUCGUCGUUUUCGUCAUCGACACCAUUUUGUCGUUCUCAGCAUGGCGGGCGUCCUCUGCUCAGACACAAUCUUCUUCUACACAUACAACAGCAACGACCACAAGUAAAACCACUGUAGUCGUCUCUUGAUUGGCUGUCGUCUUCUCAAUAACCACUAUAUUCUGAUGACUGACAUUUGGAGCGAGAAUACUGUCUGAGUAAGAUAGAAUAAUCCAACGCGGUAAAUACCUGCGUACUACACCCCUACUGGGAAAAAAGUAAUAGCUAUUGGCAUAAAUGUAUGUCUAUGCGUUUUCAUAGUCCCAUUUUUUUUUUAAUAGAUAUGGCCUAAUACGUAGUAAGAUUUCCUAAGCAUCCUUUCUGUAGAACAUUUGUAAGGAUGUUGCACUAGGAAAACAUAAAUACUGUUGGGUAGUUUAUAAUUUUUAUUCAGUCCAGGAGAAAUUGCUUUGGUGCCUGUAUGUAUGUAAAGGUAUCCUUUUAUAAUGCUCUAAGUAAAGGCUUUAGUAAUGUACAUGUGUUAUGUUUGACUGGAUUAAACUUGCUGUAUGAAGAGAGUUAUUAUAGCUGUGUACACGUUAUUUUUGGCAGAACUGAACACCAUGCCAUACCGCUACAGCGUACACGUGCAUAUUAGAUUACUGUCAAAAUAACAAUGAUAGGUUACAGACUGCCACUUUAGCACUAAAGUUGACAAUUAUAAGACUGGUCU